AUGAACUAUGCUCACUCACAAUUUGAUGCUGAACAUGCAGCAGACAUGACCGAGCUACUAGAACACAUCAUACCUCAACCGAUUCCUUGGGCGAUGAUACGUCUGGAGGAGAUAUCACUGCAUACUAGUAGCAUGCAAGCGCUCUCACAAGCCGACUCAGAUCCAAUAUUUACAGGUCUGACCGCUAUGCCUCGGAAAUGGACAAGCAAGGAGCAAGAGGAAUUUCUCACCUCCAUGUUGGGAGAAUUUCGCAUGCGCGCCGCAGAGAAGAAAUACGAGGAGUUCUGGAAAAAAGUCAACAAAUUGUUUUUUGAGAAAUGGCCAGAGCGAAGGGCCUGCUUUGGUGACUUGCCUGCUGACCACGUCCUUACGCCAGAUCAAGUGAAAGAUUUGGCAAGCGCUGUGGAAAGUCGUGAAGAGCAACUAGCUACAUGGUACCGUUGGCGGAAAAACCCUGCUCGCCUGGGCCGCACGAGUGGUAUUAAAGGAGCUUUGAAGUUCGACACUGUGUUAGCUGGUGGUGUGGAACUUAAGGGGACCCGCGCACCGCAAAAAAUGGACAUUUACUCCUACAAAUACUAUGGAGAAAAAGUCAAGGACACUGCAGAUGCCGAAAUCAGAGCACAGAAUGUUACUGACCACGGGCCAAAGCUAAAUAAGCGCCGCGAGGUCACGCGCCGUUUGUACUCUGAAGAAUGCGAGGACGUCAAGAAUAAGGUUGAAAGGAGAUACCAAAAGGCAAAGGCAAAGUAUGCAAAAGCACGUCUACGCCAGAAGUCGGGGAAGAUGCCAAGAAAUGACGAUGCAACCAAGAUUAAGGCUAUCCGUGAGCUUGGUCCUAUGCUUGAUUGGAUCCUGAAGUACCUUGCACAUGCCACGGGUGGGUGGAAGUUCACGAUCCUUAUGGGAGGGAAGGAUCCUAGCACUGGAGAGGUGUCUGUGUUCAACUAUCAUAUUGGCGAACUUGAGAGUGGGGCACAGUUUGAUCAGACUUACGCCAAUUUUGAUGCGGUGCAGGGUGCAUUCCUAGCCUUCGUCAAAGACGCUCUCGCAUUUGAGUCGACACUGCCCCAAGACUCAGAUGCUGAGGAAGCAGAAGAUUCAUCAUCAGACUCGCAUGACGGUUCAGAUGAGGAGUGGGCGACAACGAGUGGCAGUGAGCAUGGUGGUUGUCAUGUGGAAGAAGAGGACUUGGAUGAUCUCCUACCAAACAGCGCCCAUCGAAUCAACACUGCGGGCAUGUACCGGAUGACUCCUCAGUCUGAGUCAUCCAUCGAAGACGAUUUUGGCGCCGCCAUAGCAUCAACUGAUGCAUCACUUCCAUGUGCGCGGGUCUUAGGUGAUGCAUCAUCUGGUUCUCAGCUCCUGAGUGAUUCCCACUUGGCUUCGUUCAACAACCCUCCAAACCUACCCGUGUUUGACCACGAAGUGUUUACUGCUCUCAUCAAUGACCCGAAUUUUAACAUCAGCAUUUUGGAUGCUCUCCCCGAAGCCCCCCCCCUUCAAUUCAAUCCAUAUCCUGAAGUCUUUAUCCCUCCAGCUCCUCGCACUGAUGAUGCAUCAUCUACACAAUAUCCUGAAGUUUUUAUCCCUCCGGCUCCUCGCGCUGAUGAUACAUCAUCCAUCCAACAUCCCCAAGUCUUCAUCCCUCCAGCUCCUCGCGCUGAUGAUGCGGCUCCUCACGCCCAUGAUGCAUCAUCUACUCAAUAUCCCGAAGUCUUUAUCCCUCCAGCUCCGGCUCCUCACGCCCAUGAUGCAUCAUCUACUCAAUAUCCCGAAGUCUUUAUCCCUCCAGCUCCUCCGGCUCCUCCCGCUAAUGAUGCAUCAUCUGCCCAAUAUUCGCAAGUUGUUAUCCCUCCAGCCCCUCCCGCUGAUGAUGCAUCAUCUGCCCAAUAUUCUCAAGUCGUUAUCCCUCCGGCUCCUCGUGCCGAUGUUGAAAAUAUGGGAACACCCAAUGAAUCUGAUGGUGCUGGCGCGGCACCAACUUCAGCAGUCCAAGCUGGAGCUCAGCGUCAUUGUGGAAGGCGCACACCACAACAUUCACAACUGACCGUGCCCACUUCCUCGGCAGAUGAGAUCCAACCACUCCCAGAUGGGCAUCGCCGAGUGCGCAAACCCUUCAAUGCAAGAGAAUGUGACAACGAUAUUGGCGGGCCAACAAAGCGUGCUCGGCAUACAUAA